CUCUCCUUUUCCUGAAACCCACAUCCUCUUGUAAUAAGCUCUUUUUGCAAGCACCUUCUAGACACACCUAUUUUUGCUACUAUUUUGCACACAAUGCCGGAUUUGACAACAAAGCGGGUGCUCAUUGGCGCAACAGGCAGCGUGGCCAGCAUCAAGGUGCCACAGCUAGCCAAGGAGCUGCAGAAACAGGGGCUGCUGGCGAACCUGAACAUCGAGGUUUCUAUCGCUGCAUCCAACUCUGCCCUGCACUUUUUCCGCAAGGAGCAGCUUCUGGGCGACAACAUCACGCUGUACACCGACAAGGACGAAUGGACGAACUGGAAGAAGAUCGGCGACUCUGUUCUGCACAUCGAACUGCGCAAGUGGGCCGAUAUCUGCGUGCUAGCGCCGCUGGACGCCAACACUAUGGCCAAGGUGGCGAAUGGCUUCUGCGAUAACUUGCUGACAUGCGUGCUGAGGGCGUGGGACAUGGAGAAGCCCCGGAUUGUGUGCCCGGCGAUGAAUCCGAUGAUGUGGGAGCACCCGAUCACCGAAGUGCAGCUGGAUGUGCUGAAGAAGCUCGGGUUCCAAGUUGUAGACCCAAUCAGCAAGAAGCUUGCAUGCGGGGACAUCGGCAUGGGUGCAAUGGCUGAGCCCGAGACCAUCGCCAAGGCCACAGUCCAGCAGCUGCUAGCGACGCUCUAGAGCUAUAGACUUUUAUUCCUACUUUCUUUUCCAAACCGCCUGUAUCCGCGGUAGGCACAAUACAAUGCCAAAGAAAAACACCCC